AUACAUUGUUACUUUAAAGGACACUGGUAAACGUCAGCACUGACUUAUUUUGGAAAUUAGACCACUACCUCCCCCUUCCUGACUAUGAUGCCCUUGUCCUCUAUCUUUCACCUAAAGACAGUCUCGGCUGUAUGUGUCCUGUUUCCCCUCUUACUUAAUUUACACAGGAACUCCUUGUCAGCCCUCAGGUUGUGAUGUACAGUACAUGGUUUAGGAACAUACAAUACACCGUUUCCCUGUGUGUUUCUGUGCGUCACUGUCGUACAUUUUGAUGCAUGACAGAAGCAGAUCUGCUUACAGAAACCAUUUAAAAGAUGCAAUCACAUACCCUGUUUGACCAUAAAAAUGUCAAAUGUACUAAUUCUAAUACAAGCAUUAAAUGUCUCCAAUGUAAUGAAAGGGGGACUUUGGUCGAAACUGUGCUGUGUUCAACACCUAGAACAUCUUCUACCUGCUAAAACCAACCAGACCUUAUAUACAGUGACGGGAUAUCAUUGUAAGAGACUGCGGCUGUCACUAUCACUGGCACAGAUAAAUGCUGCUGGGUAAUGCAAGCUCUAUGGGUCAUGAGGGAGUGGUGAUGAAGUGGAGUAGCGGGGUCUCUGGAGGCCGAGAUGUAGGUCACGAUCUUUAUCUAGUACGUAUCCUGCAAUCGCAUGUAAACAAACUUCAGAUCUUACGUAAAAGCAAACUUGUUAUGUUAAUGAAACCGCAGCAGCAUCCUUUCCUCUUCAUGCAGCUCUGAGCUUCUUUAUUGCCCUUUUAUGUUCACAUAGUGUUUAAUAAAUCAACAUUUUCAUUUCAUAAAGAUUUGCCAUCCCUCCUGAAGGCAACCAAGUAACAAAAUGAAACAUGCAUGACUACGAAGCUGCCUGUAUCGAUGGAAUCAUAUAGGGUUAUUUAGGUUUAAGCUGCCUUGAUACUCCCAGUUCAAUGUGUUGCAUAAGAUAUCACGUGCAAAUAUUCUUGUGGGUUAAUCAUAAUGCUGCUUUGUGCUGAGUCUCACAGUUUUAGUGUGAAUGGCCCCAUACACUAAACUAAAUCUGGCUACAGCUUAUAUUUGAUGUCUCAGGUAUAACUUCCAAUCAUGGGGUUUUUUUUUCCCUGAAGAUUGUCACUAAAAUUGCUCAGUAAAUGACAGAAUUAUUGUACAUUAAAGUAGGCGACGCGUGUCUUCUGUGGGGGAGAAGUCCACCAAGCUUGGUUUUGCAACAAAAUGAGGAGAGGGGGUGCUCGAAAGAAAAUCACGACGGAUGACGUGGAGGAGGAGGAGAGAGAGAGGAGGUGGGUGAGAAAAAAAAAGGAAUGGGAGGGGAAGCAGCUGCUCCUCUGCUCCAUUCCCAGUCCAUCCAGACUCCAGCCUUCACGGCGCUUACGCACGCACAUAUAAUAACAAACACACGCACACUGGUGCAGCUGGUGGUGGUGGUGUGAGACCACAUCAGCCGGACAACAAAGGACAGGGACCGGGAGAGAGAGAGAGAGAAGUGGUGGUGGUGGUGGUGGGGGAGACACUGCAGGAUCCAGAACAAUCCACCAAACCAGUCAGUCACUGAACACUUUCUACGUCUCUGCGGGGAAAUCCACCAUCAGUCAAACUGGAGGUGACCGUCAGAGAAGCGUUAAUCGCUCGUGUGGACAGCACAUCCGUACUUGCGAGCUUCGGCAUCGACAUGGAGAUGGAGCAUUUCGACGACCGCGACAAAGGUCAGAGGAACAGCCGCUCCGCCGCGAGGAUGAACGGCGUGCCGAGUCCCACGCACAGCGCGCACUGCAGCCUGUAUCGCACCCGGACCCUGAAGACCCUGACCGCGGAGAAGAGGGCCAAGAAGGUCCGCUUCUACCGCAACGGAGACCGGUACUUCAACGGGAUUGUGUACGCCAUCUCCACGGACAGGUUCCGGACCUUUGACGCACUGCUGGCGGAUCUGACCCGCUCCCUGUCCGACAACGUUAACUUGCCCCAGGGCGUCCGCACCAUCUACAGCCUGGACGGCUCCAAGAAGAUCACCAGUGUGGACCAACUGGUAGAAGGUGACAGCUAUGUAUGCAGCUCCAUCGAAGCGUUCAAAAAGUUGGAUUAUACAAAGAACGUGAACCCCAACUGGUCAGUUAACGUCAAGGCCUCGGCGGCAUCCUCCCGCGGCCCCGCGUCCCUGAGCAGCGCUAAGCCUGGCUUUCCGGAGAGCCGCGAAAACAAGGAGUUCAUACGUCCGAAGCUUGUGACGGUGGUGCGGAGCGGCGUGAAACCCCGCAAAGCCGUGAGGAUCCUGCUGAACAAGAAGACGGCCCAUUCCUACGAGCAAGUCCUCACCGACAUCACCGACGCCAUCAAGCUCGAUUCUGGAGUGGUGAAGAAGAUCUACACGCUGGAGGGCAAACUGGUGUCAUGUCUGCAGGACUUCUUCGGCGAUGAAGACAUUUUUGUUGCGUGUGGACCCGAGAAGUUCCGCUACCAGGAUGAUUUGAUGCUGGACGAGACAGAGUGUCGUAUGAUGAAGUCGGUGGCCUAUGGAAAGAUGUCGGGCUCUCUGAGCCGAAGCUCCCCCAGGACAGUCGUCCAAACAAGAUGCAGCAAAUCCCCCGUGUGUGUGAAUGGGACGCCGGCCAGUCAGCUCUCCACUCCUCACUCGGGAAAGUCUCCCAGCCCCUCCCCACCAAGCCCAGGCAGCCUCAGCCAACGCAGGGACUCCCAGGGUUCCUCUGCCUCUCUGUCUUCUGCCAAAGUUUCCAACUCAGUUGAAGAUGGAGACGGACUUGUUACCGAAGCUGAGGUUCUGGUGGACGAGGUUCCAGCUGUGCCGCCCUACAUAUCGGAACGCUACAAGGUGGGACGCACGCUGGGCGACGGCAACUUCGCCGUGGUCAGAGAGUGUGUGGAGCACUCCACGGGGCGGGAGUACGCUCUGAAGAUCAUCAACAAGGGGAAAUGCAGAGGCAAGGAACACAUGAUCCAGAAUGAGGUGGCCAUUCUCCGCAGGGUCAAACAUCCCAACAUCGUGCUGCUCAUAGAGGAGGUGGACACUUACAGUGAACUUUAUCUGGUCAUGGAGCUCGUUAAGGGGGGCGAUCUGUUCGACGCCAUCACCUCUGCCAACAGAUACACGGAGCGAGACGCCAGCGGAAUGCUCUACAAUCUGGCCAACGCCAUCAAAUACCUCCACAGCCUCAACAUCGUGCACCGAGACAUCAAACCAGAAAACCUGCUGGUGUACGAGCACGCAGACGGCAGCAAAAGCCUGAAGCUGGGAGACUUUGGUUUGGCAACUGUGGUGGACGGACCUCUUUACACUGUCUGUGGAACCCCGACAUAUGUAGCACCUGAAAUCAUCGCAGAAACAGGAUAUGGCCUUAAAGUGGACAUCUGGGCAGCUGGAGUCAUCACAUACAUCCUGCUGUGUGGUUUCCCUCCCUUUCGAGGGAGCAGUGACGACCAGGAGGUGCUUUUUGAUCAGAUACUCAUGGGACAGCUGGAAUUUCCUCUCCCGUACUGGGACAAUGUGUCAGAAACUGCCAAGGAGCUGAUCCGAUCGAUGCUGGAAGUGGAGGUGGAUCAGAGAUACUCCGCCCUCCAGGUGCUCGAGCACCCGUGGGUCACUGACAAGGGUCUUUGCGAGAACGACCAUCAGUUGUCUGUAGCAGGGAAGAUAAAGAAGCACUUCAACACCAGUCCCAAGGGCAACGACACGACUGCAGGGGUGUCCGUUAUUUCUUUGGAUGACAGCUUUUCUAUGCAGAGAUCUGGGUCAUUGGAUUUCUACCAGCACCCGGCCAUGUACUGGAUAAGGCCACCGCUCUUGAUAAGGAGGGGCAGGUUCUCAGACGAGGACGCCACCCGCAUGUGAAGCCGCUGCCUUUGACGACGACGACGCAGCCAACGACACCAAUAACAACAACAACAACAUCGACGACAAAAACACAACGGGCGGAGCCUCCCAGUUGCCUGUCCGUGGCCCCUCCUCCCUCUCUGACACUUGCUCUGACCCUUCCCUGAACUCCAGCCUCCCAUCCGACCCUGAUGACAUCUCCAUCAGCUCACCCAGCACCGUCGACUCCCCCAGCUCACCUUUCUAGAGACCACAUGGAGAGGAGGAGGAGGAG